UACAAACAGUCUCCUAACUUCACUUCACAGAAGGCAGGACAGAGCUUAUGGUUCAAUGUGAACAGGAGAAAAUACCCCCGUUGGACACAUACCCUUCUCAUAGGGUAGUCAGACUGGCAAAGGGGGGAGAGAAGAUACGGACCUCAUGGUGUUGUAAAGAGAGAAUAUAGAAGAAACUAAGUUGUCCCAAGUACAGAUCAGAAAACCAGAGAAAGAAUAAAAGAUGGACAACCUUGGGAACAGUGGGGAAGGAUCAGACGAAGAAAAAGGGGCGAAAACUCAAGCAGAUGAAGACAUCAGUGAGAGUGACAAAAAGCUCAAGGAAGAGCGCAACAUGGCAGAGAAAGGUGACAAAGAGAAGGGUGACAAAAAGAGAGAACUUCGAAGAUCUGGUUCGUUGUGGAGAGGAGGUUGGGCGCUUUCUGAACGCUUGGCCAUCAACGUUUCAGGUAUGCGCUAUGAGACGCAGAUUCGGACCCUGUCCCAGUUUCCCGACUCUCUGCUUGGAGACCCAGAGCGUCGCCUGCAGUAUUUUGACCCUCUACGCAAUGAGAUCUUCCUGGACCGUAACCGAAUCUGCUUUGAUGCCAUCCUCUACUUCUAUCAGUCUGGUGGGCGCUUACGCCGGCCUGCCAACGUUCCCCUGGACAUUUUCAUGGAAGAACUGCGUUUUUAUGAGCUGGGAGAGGACAUCAUGACUCGGUUUAAGGAGGACGAGGGUUUUCCUAAAGAGGUUCCUCAGCCGUUGCCGGAUAACGAGAUCCAACGCAAGCUGUGGAUGCUCUUUGAACACCCAGAAUCUUCUGGUGGUGCCCGCAUCAUUGCCAUCAUCAGUGUGAUGGUGAUCGUUGUCUCCAUCCUCAUCUUCUGUUUGGAGACACUGCCUGACUUCAGAUCAGAGAAGGAGCUGAGAGAGCAAGUUGCAUACCAGCAUCAUCCCAGUAAUGGAAACAUAACCAUCCCUGGUUCCUCUCCAUUUCACGAUCCGUUCUUCCUGGUAGAGACCAUGUGCAUAUGCUGGUUCUCCUUUGAACUAGUGAUGCGCUUUAGCUGCUCUCCCAGUAAGAUGUACUUCUUCAAGGAUGUGAUGAACAUCAUUGACUUCUUUGCCAUCAUUCCCUACUUUGUCACGCUCGGAACCGAGCUGGCCAAGUCAAAGGGAGCCACGCCAACCAUGUCCCUGGCCAUCAUUAGGGUCAUCCGUCUGGUAAGAGUGUUUAGGAUCUUCAAGCUAUCUCGCCACUCCAAAGGCCUUCAAAUCUUGGGCCAGACACUAAAGGCCAGCUUAAGAGAACUGGCACUGCUCAUUUUCUUUCUCUUCAUCGGUGUCAUCAUAUUCUCCAGCGCUGUCUACUUUGCAGAAGUGGACAACGCAGAAACGACUUUCACCAGCAUCCCGGAAGCCUUCUGGUGGGCUGUGGUCACCAUGACAACAGUGGGAUACGGUGAUAUGACCCCGAUGACGGUGGGCGGAAAGCUGGUGGGUUCUAUGUGUGCUAUCGCUGGUGUGCUCACCAUCUCGCUUCCUGUUCCUGUCAUCGUUUCUAACUUCAGCUAUUUCUACCACCGUGAGAUGGAGUGCGAGGACAACCAGGAGUACACCCAUGUCAACACCUCCCUUUGGGAGAAGGAAGGAGGAAAGGACGAAGAAGACGACGACGAGGAAGGGCCAGAUGAACACAGGGACUAUGUUCCUCUUGAAGGAGACGUAGCGUACAGGGGGAUCUGUGGUCCUCUCAAUGGGACUCUCCUAACUGGGCUUUGUUCUGGGCAGGCUGGGGAGCAAAAAGAUGGGGUCAUUUGUCUACGGGAGCCAUUGGUCACCCAAGUAUGAGAAACUGGAGAUCAAAACGGGAAAACGAGAGAUGCCUUGUGUCGGGUUCAUUGGCUACUGGCUGACUGUGACUCUCUGAA